AUGUAUAAACUUUCUAAGGAGCCAACUUUUCGUAUUCUAGCGCCCAAAUAUAUUUGCGGAAGUCCUCCACCAGAAGCCAUAGCUAACACUACAAUUUAUUCAGUCCCGAGUAAUCAUCAAAUAACAAUCGGCCUCCAAACGAGAAGUGGUCAACGGUUGCGCUACCAUGUGACGAUAUAUUUCACUCUACUGAACGGUUUCAUCAGUCAACGACACACCUUACACUUGUGGCGCAGUGUUCGUCAGCUCGAACGGCAACUCAACAAAAACCAUGAGCAAAUUUCCGUCACUAAUCAAAUAGUUAUCCCUAAUAAGGACCUAGUACCCAGGACAAACUACACGUUUAGCAUUACCGGCGUGGAUGAAGCUGAUGUAGUCAGUCAGGCUCAAAAUUUCACCAUCACCUAUCGAGGCAAGAAUACAGGAACCUCCGUUGUACAAGACAGAUCAUCUGCCAGCAAUGACGUAUCGUUAAUAUUGCUUGGUUCAGAGGUAGCUUAUCCCGACUUACCGUACCUAGUGACGGCGAAAAUAAUUUUCUGUGAGGCUCGAAAUGAUUACAAGUUGAAUUGGACUAUUUCGGAAUCUAACAAUGCUAUACAAAGAACGUUGAGUCAGUCUAACGAGCUGGAAAUCCCCGCGGGUGUGUUUCUACCGAAUGCCGAUGUUAAAAUAACAGCUAUCGUUUUAAAUUCAACGGAUGGCACUUUAAUAGCCAAAGCCGAAAUGAAGGUUACCAUUUUGAAUCGGGCCCGUCGGGUGGUUCUGUAUCCUACGAAAUCUACCGCCGGUUUCUCACAGUCUACGCUGAUUGAUGCAGUCUCCAAUGCGGACGAAGAAACUUACAUUGUUUGGAGUUGUGAAGACGCAACGGGAGACACAAGUUGUUCCGACGAUUUGAUUGUCAAAGCCAAUUCGGUAUCCAUUUCAUUUUUAAAGGAGCCAAGUUAUGAAAUAACCGCAUCAGUUGGAAACAUUAGCACUACAUCGAAUAUUGAAGUCAGUACCAAGUCCACUAUCAGUGUGGUGCUUCAGAAACUACCGCCAAUGUUUCUCAUUCCAGGACGACAAUAUGAAUUUGUUGCAGACGUUAGUGGUCUUGUUCCAAAGUGUAUUUGUAACUGGACCGUAGUAAAUGAAACUGGCUACGCAACAUUUCCUUCUGCGGUUGUAGAAACGUUGGGCGGAAUAUUUAUUAACGACGUCGACGAAAACUUUCUCUCUGAGCUUGUAGACUAUGGAAAUGAUACAGUAGAGCGAGAAGUCAAGCUAACAAUUCCAGCAAUGUCCUUAUUGUCAAAUCAGACCCUUCUGGAAUCAGAUGUUUCAUAUAAACUCAGAUUAGAGACCAGCUGCCCGGAGCCGAUAAAUGACAACUUUAAUGCUAGCACUAAGCGAGAUACAGUGAACACUUACUGGGAUAUGAUAUUAGAAACUAACGGACCACCCGAAGGCAUGCCGUUGGAAAUUACCCCAUUAGAAUUAGAAAAUGGAAUUGCUCUGGAAACCUUGUUCACCUGGUCAGUGGAGGUCGCUAAAGACACGGAAACGGAUUACCCACUGAUGUAUUCCUACUGGUAUGAAACAGCUGGAAAUUCUAUCAAAAUUGCUAGUUAUUACGAAGUAAUGUCAGCGGAAACUCAGCUACCUUUCUCUCACGAAAAAAUAUCCACCUACUAUGUGGUUUGCGAUUCUAGGGCAGCAUGUACCCGGGUUAGUGGUCCCUCAGUAACAGUACAAUUCAACUCAGUUUUGGACCUACAUAAGCUGCAGUUUAUGGUAGAUUCCAUACAGAGUAACUUUAAUCGAAUCAACCUCCGCGAAGCUUGCAAAAUAGCAUUUGAAACGCUACUAACAUUAAAAAAUCAAAACUCUGAAUCAUUUGACAUUGUCUACCAAAACAUUAUAACUAUAAUUGAAAACGAAAUUCCCAAAAUCCAAACAGCCUUUCUAGACCAAUCACCGCCAUUAACCGAGGAAAGUAUUUUGCAACUUGCGCAACAAGUAAAAGUUCUUCUAGAUUUCGAACGCGGAAGUAACGAUCAUAUCCUCGGUCAGCUGCUAGAGUUGAUUGAUCACGUGGAAGAAAAGACAGUGCGUAAAGCCAGAUCUCCAAGUCCUAAACCAAUCACCAACACGGUAGAUACUUCGAGUACCAAGAUUGAGCUAUACGAAAGUUUGAUCAACUCUCCAAAUGGAACUGCGCUAUCUAAGAACACAGCAAAGGCUCAACUGCUAAGCUAUAUUCCAGAAGUUGCCCAACGGCUCUGCGGCAACCAGCAGGUUGGCUAUUCGGAUGACUGGUUUACCCUGGAAACGAUGAGAUUAAAACCUGCCACCAAGAAUUCUCUACGAGGCUCCAUUCGGAUACCAUCUGAUGUUAAACUUCCUCAACGAGCAACGAUCAGUGUUACGGAAUUUCCUUCCUUUGACGUACCAGGCGAGAGCGUGUCCUAUUUGUGCUUGGGUACCGUUGCCUUUCACAGGGAUUUAUUAUCUGACGUAGACCCCGCCCCGGAGCAGACACAGUUUCAUUUAUUUCUAACUGCCGUCGAUAAGAAUGAGUUGGGCGUGCUGGCCGAAUGGACUAAGGGACUAUAUCUCUGGAAUCUUACAAUUAUGGCCACGGAUACGACAAAGCGCUAUAAGUGUCAGCUUUGGUUUGAAAACUGGACUGAUAAAUUUUGCGAAAGUUCGCUCAACCAAAAUUUCCUCGUCUGUAAUUGUACACGGGUCAGUUAUUUGCGGGUAAUUUUAGAACCCGGAAGCAUUUCAAUCAAUGUUAUUGCCUCUACCACACCAACUACAACAGUUGGUUUUACUGAAAUCACCACUGACACAGAUAUGCUAACAUUUGCCCCACUAUCAACGCUUCCGGCAGAGGAGGAAACCUUACCCAGAACUACUGUAUCAACUACUGGGACUAAUCAAACAUCUGAACUUGCAAUGCCGCCGAGUCAGCCAGCAGUGUUCGCUACGAAUUCGACUGUAGAUGAGAGCACCUAUCUGGAACCGAACAAAACCGGACACAGUUUUCUUAAAUCCGCAGCCGGUCCACUAGGAUAUACGAUUGUAGGCGCCCUCGCACUCUGUGCGCUAUUGACGCUAGCGGCAAUGAUCCUGUACAAGCGUCGCCGUCGGACGACCACUCUGGCGGAGGAACUGCAAGGAAUGGCGGUCCGAAUGCGCAGCCAAUCCCUACCGGUCCGAUAUGCUCGCUUUCAGGACGAACACAAUAUGAGUGGUGAUAACGUUUCUACCAUAUCCGAUACGAUCACAAUUUGA